CUAAUGAAAAUGCAGAAUUGAAAUUUCGAAAUUAAACGGUUUUUUAAUAAAAACAAACAACAAUAAAACACAUAAUAAAUAAUUUAAGAUUGUGAAGAAAACGUCAAGAACCUUUUUGUACGAUAAAUAUUAUUAAUAUGUCUAUUAACGAUUAUGAGCCACUUAAUAUACUAGACAACAACACUAAUUCCAAAAUAUAUAAAGUUAGAAACAAAAACACAGGUGAACAUUUUGUAUGGUAUACCAUUGAUUGUGAAAACACAAGUAAUCAACUAAUAAAUUUACAAGAAAGAUUCAUCACCAGAAAGGAAUUACAACAUCCAAAUUUAUUAGAUUUUUAUGAUUUAAUCAAAGAGAAUGCAACAUUUUAUUUGGUGGUUAAGUAUUGUAAACAUGGUUCUUUAAAAGAUCUUAUGGAUAUCAUUUACAAUGAUAACAAGAGAUUUUCAGAAGAAUUUUUAUGUAAAAUAUUGUACCAAAUCGCAUUUACAAUUAAAACUAUUGAUAUCACAACAAAUUUCGAUAUUAAACAUAUAUAUUUUGAUGAGGAUUAUAAUGUAAAAUUUUUUAAUUUUGAUAUAGCUAAUAAUGAAACAGUAAAACUCAAAAGUCAAAGAAUAUCUUCAUUGGGAGCCCUGAUUUUCGAAAUUUGCACUCUUACUAAAUUCAGUAAAAAACAUUUUGAUAAAGAAUUGAAAAACUGUAAUAAUUUAUAUUCAAAAGAGUUUUUGUGUCUACUAAUAACAACCAUAAAAGAUAGCAGGGAUCUAAAAAAAAAUAUUGAUAAAGUCAUGUGCAAUUCUACUUUAUUACUCAAAAUAACACAAUGGCAUAAAUAUAAAUGCUUUCUAAAAAUUGAUCAACCAAAAUGUUCCAAAAGCAAUGAAAACAUAGAGGACAUCUAUGCUUUGCAAAUCGAAAAAUUAAAGGAAAAGGAAAUUUCUUUGCAACAAAAAGAAAAAAUGUUAAAAGAGAUGGAACACAAAUUAUCAAUAAGAGAAAAGAAAGUAACAUCAAUGGAGAAAUUGUUAAGAGAUAACAUCAAACAAGCUGAGGAAACAAAAAACUGUAAUUGCUCUUCUAGAGGACCAAUUAAAGAAAAUUUAGAUUCAACCUACAUAAGUUGUGGGGAUUCUGUUGUAAUGCCAACAAGCAAAAAACUCAAUGUCAGGGAAAUUAUCAAACCUGCUACAUUCACAAGAACAUUAUCAGAAAAAAGGAUACGCUUUAAAGGCCACAGUCCUCUAAAAGACAUUGAUUUUAAUAGGAGGAGGAGUGUGAGGCACACUCGAUUUCACAAAGAUGUAUAUGUAAAAAAUGGCGAAUGGACAACAUGCUCUGAAGACACAGAAAAAACUGAAAAGAAAGGAACAAAUAAAAAAUGCAAACAGCUUUUUCCUACAUAUGAAAAUAAUUCUAAUGUAAUUGUAAACAAAAAUGUGGCUAAAUCUUUACAAUGGACUGAAGAAAAUAAGAAGUAUGCUUUUGAAUUGCUUCGUUUAAUGAAUAAAGAGAAUAAACCAACAGAUGUAAAACACACUUAUUUAUAAGACAGUUUUUAAAUUUUUUUAUUGUUGUAUUAGAAUGGUUGUGAUUUUGGACAGUAUUUAAUUUGAUAGUGCAAUUCAUAUUUUUUUAUAUAUAAGAUUCUUAAGAUUUUUUUAUUUUAGUGCAAUUAGCCUUGUAUUGUGUAGACUUUGUUAGAUUAUUAUAGUUAUAUAAACAUCUAUUUUUUUUUUUAUUACUAUCUUUGAUAGAUUUGUUUUAUUAUUAAUAAGCUUUAUUUUAGUGCAAUUAUUAACAUACUUUUUAUGAUGCUUUAUAAAUAUUUUAAUGUUUUAAAAUAUCAUUUUAUUUACCAAUACUUUAUCAAAAUAAAUUAUAUUUUAU